AUGCCUGUGGUCACUACUCCUAAUGCCAACCCUCUCUUGUGUCUUUCCUGCACAGCUGGUCAUUGUCUUCACUAUAACUUCACCAUCACUCCCAAGAACAGACCUGGACACCCAUGGUGUGAAGUUCAAGGCCAGAUGGGUGAAGAGAUUUUUCUUUCCUACCACUGUGGUGAUAAGCGAGUCAUACCUGUCGGUCCUCUAGGGAUGAAAUUGAGUUCCACGGAGGUCUGGGAGAGACAGAGAGAAACUCUGAAAGACCUGGUAGAGGAGCUCAAAAAGGCAUUGCUUGACAUUAAGCCAGAGAUGUCCACAUCAAGAGACCCUUUUUCCCUGCAGGGCACAAUGAUGUGUCAGUGUGGAGCCAACAGACGCACCCACGGAUCCUGGCAGUUUGGAUUUGAUGGACAGACAUUCCUCCUCAUUGACUCAGAGAACAGAAACUGGACAGCAGUUCAUCCUGAAGGCAAAAUGAUGAAAGAGAAGUGGGGGAAGGAUAGAGGCAUCACAGAGUUCCUUAAGAAACUCUCCAUAGGAGACUGCAAAAGCUGGCUUGAGAAGUGGGGACACUGGGAGAAAUUAGUGAAGCCAACAGGUAAAUGAGAGAAAUCAAUGAACAAUAAGUUAAUAUACAGAGAGAGAUGUUUCAAACUCUCUCCCACCUGUAUAAUUAUUCCCUGGAGUUGUGGUACAUCUGGGCAUUUCUCCUGUUUUCAUUGCACUCUUAGGUCACUGAUAAAACCUAA